GAUCAAGAAGCGAACCUUUACAAAAACUUUUGUAAAAGCCAAUCCCAGUUUCUUCCAAUUCGCCGAUCAUCAAUCACCUGACUCUAACAAGGUCGAAGUCGAGGAAGAAGAUGUUUCUCACAAGGACCGAGUAUGACAGAGGAGUCAACACUUUCUCUCCUGAAGGCAGGCUCUUCCAAGUUGAGUAUGCCAUUGAAGCUAUCAAGCUUGGUUCCACUGCAAUUGGAGUGAAGACAAGAGAAGGAGUUGUGCUUGCUGUGGAGAAGCGUAUCACCUCUCCUUUACUGGAGCCGAGCAGUGUGGAGAAGAUUAUGGAAAUUGAUGACCAUAUUGGUUGCGCCAUGAGCGGUUUAAUUGCUGAUGCUCGUACACUUGUUGAGCAUGCAAGAGUUGAGACUCAAAACCACAGAUUCUCGUAUGGUGAGCCAAUGACCGUGGAGUCCACAACACAGGCGCUGUGUGAUCUGGCUUUACGGUUUGGUGAAGGAGAUGAAGAAUCAAUGUCCCGGCCAUUUGGAGUAUCUCUUCUCAUUGCUGGCCAUGAUGAAAACGGUCCGAGCUUGUACUACACGGACCCGUCUGGAACAUUCUGGCAGUGCAACGCAAAGGCCAUUGGUUCAGGGUCAGAAGGAGCUGAUAGUUCUCUUCAAGAGCAAUUCAACAAAGAUCUGUCACUCAGUGAAGCUGAGACGAUCGCUGUGUCUAUCCUGAAGCAAGUCAUGGAAGAGAAGGUGACUCCGAAUAAUGUGGACAUCGCCAAGGUAGCACCAGCGUACCAUCUCUACAGUCCAGAGGAAGUGGAAGCUGUCAUUAGUCGUCUUUGAGGAUGACGGGUGAUGUAUCUCUCCACCUUGUUCUAGUUCGGAUUUCGAAACAAUGUCGCUUUCUUUCACUUUGUUCUGUUAGAUUCGAUGUUUCAUGUGACAUUCGUUGUGUAAGAGAACCUUUUCUUUCCCAUUUUCAUUCUAUAACCCUAUCGGAUUUGGUUGACUCGGAAGUUCUUAGGGCAUCUUUAACGCUGAAA